GACAAGAUUAAGGUUUUACAAUAUCUGUAUAGUAACAUAUGUGUAUAUUACCUAGGGUAACCCACUGAUGUCAAGCUAAGUAACAUAUUUCUGUGUGUACGAAGAAAGGUGUGUGUACAUGUCACCAUGGACAAGCUCACCAUCAUCUCGGCUCUGUUCCUCGCCGCUGGACAUUUCGCCGUCGUAAUUAUUAACCCAGAAAAAUUUUUUUUAACUCCAGAGGGUGAUACUCGACUUGGCCUCCUGUCAACAUGUGAGACGCUCUACAAUAGGUCGCAGGUGUGCUAUGCUCAGCUCUCGGGAGGGGCAUGGCUGGUCGUGGGUUGUGUGCUACUAGGGUGCGUGUGUGCACUGGCCACUAUUUUAUAUUACUGCACUGUCGCACUGUCGACGUUAGUGUACUGUCAGACAUAUGCUCGAUGGGUGGGGUUCUCUGCUAUGGUGCUGUUUUGCCUGGCUGCAGUUGUGUUCCCAAUGGGCUUUUAUGUAGAGGAAAUUGGAGGUGAACCUUACCAGCUGCCCAACAGUUUUCAGGUUGGAUACUCUUACAUCUUUUUUGUCCUGGCGCUGUGGAUGACAGUGGUGUCUGAGUUAUUUGCAGGAAAAGUUUGUCUGCCUCACUUUUAAGUCACAUAAUGACUUAUGUGGUUCUUUUGUAUAAUUUGAUUGGGAACUACCAGCACCUUCAUUUUGUAUAGUUAUUUCUACAAGUCUUUAUAAUUUAUUGUACUGUACUACAUGUUUAUGAAGAUUAUAUUUUUUUACACAGCUGGUAGUGAUAUUACUUGCAUCCUUGGUAUCAGAACUCUAGUAUAGUUUUAUUCACAAAUAUUACUCUGUGACCGGUUCAAAUAGCUACUCAGUAAUUGUUUUUUCAGUUUUCUUCAGCAAGCAGCAGUUUCCAGUUACAAUAAUUCAUCAUUUGUCAUUAUCUGGUUGAAUAUCUGUACUUGUAACUAUAACUGUUUAUUUUGUCAUUGAUUAAAGCUGUCUAAAGAGUAGAUAUGACAAUAUAGUGUCAUGAGAUUUCUUCUAUGAAGUCCAGUAAUUUUGGGCUCUCUCAUAUACUUUAUACCUGAUAGUAUACUUGCAGAUUAGACAGUACUGUACCUUAAUUUCACUGACGUGUAGCUAAGUCAUAUUUCAUUCUGUAUACAGUACUGUAUAUGUGGGUGUAGUGUUUGUGUGUAUAUUGUACAUACAUAUAUGAAUCAUCCUUACUUCACAUGGCAAGACACCUUUAGCACACCUCAUUUAUAGAUACUGACCUGUACUUGUUACCAACAGGUCUAAGUUCAUAACAGAAGUUUAGUGUAAUUUCUAUUUUCCAUGAAUGUUUCUUCCUGGGGGCUGUAUGUUGGGUUGAUUAUGAUGGAGAACAAAGGUACCCCACCCAAGAUCUAUAUAAUAAUAUACAACUUUUUUUUUUUUUUUUUUUUUUUUCUCAACAAGUCGGCCGUCUCCCACCGAGGCAGGGUGACCCAAAAAAGAAAGAAAAUCCCCGAAAAGAAGAUACUUUCAUCAUCAUUCAACACUUUCACCACACUCACACAUUAUCACUGCUUUUGCAGAGGUGCUCAGAAUACAACAGUUUAGAAGCAUAUACGUAUAAAGAUACACAACAUAUCCCUCCAAACUGCCAAUAUCCCAAACCCCUCCUUUAAAGUGCAGGCAUUGUACUUCCCAUUUCCAGGACUCAAGUCCGACUAUAUGAAAAUAAUAAAUUUUAUUGAAAAACAAUUGUAACUAAUGUUAUGUUCUGGCAGUAAUAAAAAAUUACAAGACAUGUCAUGACACCACAUGGUACAUAGAUUGUAGGGACGGCACGUAUUAUGUGUGGUUCUUGCUUUCUAAAAGUAGUGGAUGAUAGUUGACUUUGUCAGUUAUCUGGAAUAAUAUAAUGUACACAUUCUUGAUUUGGUGAAGACUGUAAUCAGCCCUUAUCAUCUGUGUCAUGGGAAAUAAUCAGAUUGUUUUAUGAAGAAAUUCUACACUGCUCUCACCCUAUACUUUAGGGGGCCUGUGCCCCCCUCCCUAAAAACAUACUUUAUUUGAAAGUACUGGUUAGUUAAGUGGUGGAUAAUACCAGUUCCAUUUUAUUAAGCUAGAUGGAAGUUACUCUGAAUAUAUAGCUAUUGAAUGACAACCAAAGUUACACUUAGCUAGGCAGCUAAUGGGUUAGCAAAUAUAAUAGAAAAAAAUUAUUUAUAUAUAUAAAAAAUAUUUUUUUCAUAACAUGUUGGCCACCUUCCCCAAGAUGGAGUGUCCAGGAAAAUACACAAAUAACUCAUACGUAGGAAACAAACUUAUGACGAUGCUUCAGUCCAAGUCAGACCGAGAGGUCAUCAUAAAUUUCAAGUCUCGAGACCUUUGUGCGGGUUAUUCAUGUAUUCUUGUCUUUAUUUAUUGCAAGACCUGUUAAAUACUUAUAAUAGGAAAAAUGGUAGAAUAACGAAGUACUGUACAUAUUUGAAAUUUAGAUAUUUACUUUUCGCUUCACACAAAAUGUAAGCUAUAUAUUAUUUCUAAAGUUUAUUAGCAAUUAGUAUAUGGUAGUUUUUUCUUAUCCAUUUUUAUGGACUGUGUCCAUCAUAUUUUUUUGAACGGUGCAAUUCAAGUGGUUACAGUUUUUCACAGUGCUGCUGUUUGAUUUUGUAGGGGGAUGCACUCCCUGAUAUUAUAAGCAUGCACUUUGGAUAUAUUUUUAUUAAUGCUUCAGUGACCAAAUAUUCAGUGCUGUCAUAUGGAAACACUGUAGCUUCUGGUGAUUUUCUUAUCUACUUUGGUCAUGCAAGCCAAAAAUAUGUUAAUUUCUUUUUGCUUAUGAUGUGUUGCACCAGACAAAAGAAUGCUUAAAUAAUGUAUUUUUUUAUUUUUACACUUUGUUAAUUUUUUUUUUUCAACAAGUCGGCCGUCUCCCACUGAGGCAGGGUGACCCAAAAAGAAAGAAAAUCCCCAAAAAGAAAAUAUUUUCAUCAUCAUUGAACACUUUCACCUCACUCACACAUAAUCAUUGUUUUUGCAGAGGUGCUCAGAACACAACAGAAGCAUAUACGUAUAAAGAUACACAACAUAGCCCUCCAAACUGCUAAUAUCCCAAAACCCCUCCUUUAGAGUGCAGGCAUUGUGCUUCCCAUUUCCAGGACUCAAGUCUGGCUAUUUAAAAAUAACCGGUUUCCCUGAAUCCCAUCACUAAAUAUUACCCUGCUCACACUCCAACAGAUCGUCAGGUCCCAAAUACCAUUCGUCUCCAUUCACUCCUAUCGAACACGCUCAUGCACACCUGCUGGAAGUCCAAGCCCCUCGCCCACAAAACCUCAUGGUUACUUAUUCUUUGCCUUAACUUUAAGAUCUGACUCAUCUUACUUGUUCAGUAUCAUUUACUGCUUUUACUGGACACUCCUACCCAGCCUGCAUGUAAGUACUGUAUAUUAUAGUGACAAACAGCAUCUUUCUCUUAAAUAACAAAAAGGAGCAUUUGUGGCUUAGGAAAAGACUUAGGACACUGUGCAUAUUGGAGUGAUGUGGCAAUUGUUGCAAAGGUAAUGAAUAGGUAAAGAGGUGUUAAAAGCUGUAAUGAGUUUUUAAAGAUAUUGAGACUUGUCAUAAAGAAAGAGUAUUUUCCAGAAAAAGUGGGUCUUAGGCAAGAAUAUGUGACUGUUUGGCAUUUAAUAUAUUUAUAUUUAGCAUUAAGAUGUGAAUAGUAGAAUGUUAGAGCGAGAUGUGACUUCAAAAGGUACUGAAUCUUAUAUAAAGUGAGAAUUGUCACAGUUGCUAUUUGCAGACGAAACAGUGCUACGUGAAAAUUCAGAAAAGUUGCAGAAAUUGUUAAAGGAUUUUGGAGGGCUGUGUAAAAGAAAAAAUGAAAAUGAACAAAGAUUGUAGGUCAGAUUAGAAGGAAGUCAUAUGGAAGAAGUGAGUGUCUUAAGAAUCUUGGGUGUGUAUGUCAUCAGAUGGGUCUGUGAUAGAAUGAGAUAAAUCACAGAGUGGGUGAUGUAUAGAUAGUAGAAAUGCUGAGGUAUGCAUGGGAAGAGAAAGAUAUCUGCAGUUUCAAAAAGCAAAUGCAAAUACAUCAUUGUAUAGUGGUGCUGACACUUGUUUCAGUGUGAAACACAGUCUUUAAAUGUUGCAGUGCAACAAGGAGAUUAGAAAUGUUUAAAUUGUUUUGUCCAAAAUCAUUAUAUGGUGAAUAUUAUGCAGAGAAUAAGAAAAUAUGACCCAAAGAGUGGAAAUGGGGGUUGUUUAGUUGGUUUGGUUGUGUAGAGAGAGAAUUGAGCAUAUUAGGUUUAUUAAGUGUUUAAAUUUAGUUUUGAUGGAAGGUGUAAGAGAUAUCUGAGGAAGGGUUGGAAGGAUGGUGUGGUGGUGUUUACAAGGGCCUGAACUUCCAGCAGGCAUGUGUGUGUGUGUUAUAUUGCAGGGGUGGCAAGUUCUUGGUUUUUCUUUUUUUGCAAUUAAUUUGCUGUGAGUGUGAGCAUGGUAAUAUCUAUGGAUGAAUUCAGGGGAAUCAGCUAGCCAGUUUUGAAGGCAGGUUGGACAUCACUGGAUCAUGAUACUUCCACUCUUAUGCAAAGUCACUUAGAGAGUGAGUUAAAAAAAAUAAAAAUUAAAAGUA